AUAAACUUCACUUAUAAUCUUUCAGAUUUCCAUCUAUCACCAAUGAGGGACGUUGGCCUUGUUGCAGCUUUCUCAGUCAUGGUUCUGAUGGACCUUGUUGGCAACACAAUGGUUAUCCUCGUAAUACUCUUAAACAAGUCCAUGAAAACACCAAUGAAUCGCCUGUUGCUAAACUUGGCCGUUGCAGAUGUGACAGUGGCCAUUUUCACGGCAUUACAGUUCGUUCUUGGACCCUUUUAUCAACACCCAACUGGAAGCACAGGGGUUUUAUUGUGUAAGUUCAUCACAGGGGGGCCUAUGAUAUGGACAGCAGCACUUGUAUCAAUAUGCAACUUAGUUGCCAUCUCGUAUGAAAGGUGAGAAGUGUUUCAUCCGAAGCCUCCCCCAAAUAUUCAGCAUGCUCCAACUACCUAUCGGCUUCCCACCAACCCAACCCACCCGACAUCUCUACCUACCAACCAGCUACUACCUUACUUGCCAAACUACUGACCCACUUAUCUACCAACCCACCAAUCUUUCGACCAUCCAACCUACGAUGAGUGACAAAAGUUAUGACACGCUCUACUACACCUUGAAUUCUCUCUAUAACUCCAGUUUAUCUCCCCCACUCCUCUCCUUCAUUUCAGCGUUGCCUGGGGUUAACAAAAUGGUCCCUAGUUUCUUGCAACUUGUUUGGAGGGAAAGCGGGACUUUCAAGUAACUUAAAAGAGAUUAAUCACAAUAUCUCUGUUUAUCAUGUUGAGUGGGGGCUUUCUCCACCAAUCAUGCCGCCCAUCUUAGACACUCACCGUACCUACCUAACUAUCUACCUAUUGCCCUACCUAAUGCCUACACACGCAGCCAUCCUCUCGAUUGGCUACCUUCCUCCUUCCUACUUACAUGUUCUUUGCCAAUUUCCCGGCCUACUUAACUAAUAUGUGACACCACCCAACAGUUCCGGCCCCGGUUGUUCGAAGGUCGGAUAACGCUAUUCACUGGACAAAUCCGGUAGAUAGCGCAGUACGUUUUGCUAUCAUUUAUCCGCUGGAUAGCGAUUUAUCUGUUGGAUAGGGUUAUCCACCCUUAAUACAACUGUACCUUGGUAUCUAGGGUCACCCUUCCACUUUUUUUGUGGCCGAAAUGACAUUACUAGUUCAUCAGUCCUUCACGGACAGUUCACCUGUUCCGCAAUGUAUCGGAUCAACUCAUCUUUAUUGUCUCGUUCUUGACAAUUUCUCUAAGAUAUCAAGCGGUUGUGCUGCCCCUUUCAGGCCGUGGAGAAAUUACAAACUGGAAACUUAAAUUCAUCAUCCCAGGCUGCUGGUUGGCGGGCUUCCUUUGGAAUAUUCCUCUUCUUGUGACCGUGACCUAUCAAGAGGAAUCAGGAGCCUGUGGAGAGUAUUGGCCUGGCCCCAUAUCGCCAAUAGCUUACAGUUUAGGGUGGGACGUAGUUGCUGGAACAUUGCCCAUCACUGCAAUGAGUUAUUGGUACUCAAAAGUUGUUUGCCACCUUUGGUUUGGUAAAACUCCUGGGGUUAAAUCUGCGGCUACUGUAAGUGCUUAUGAAAACUUGCAUUCUAGAAAGUUUUAGCUAGUCGUCUUCCAAAGACAAACAAAUGAAGGCUGAUAGAUUAUCCCACCCUUGAAUAAGAGCGUGGCGGAGGAGCUCCAAGGGGCACUUGUGAAUCUCCGUCGGAAAGAGAAACAAAAUCAAAACUAUACUUCUAGCGUUGAUAGAUUUACAAAGAUUGCAGAUUUUUAGCUUGUUCGUCAAAUACAAUAAGAUAUUGCCACAAGUGCAUAACAGAGAAAAAAUGUUGCCUGAGUACCACGCCUUUCCGGAUCUUUUUUAUGCUGGCAGAAUAAAGAUGAGCAGCUCGAGGGUAUGGGGCCAAGACAUCCAAAAAAAAUGUGACAAGCAGGGAAGAGGUGUAAAUACAGAAAAUUUUUAAAUAGCACAGCCACUACUAGUGUUUUUAUCUCUCUCUUUUGCAGAAGAUGGUUAUUUUGCAAAGAAAAAGAGCAACCUUAGUAGUCAUCUCUGUUAGCAUCAUCUACGCCAUAUGUUGGGUACCAGUCCUAGUGAUGUACACUGUGGCCCACACCCUUCCAAACCAGGAAUUGUACAGUCGUCUACAUAGAGUCACCAUUUUAUUAGCCAUGUUCAAUUCUUGCAUCAAUCCAGUUGUGUACAGCUUCACUAGUACUCGUUUUCGAAAACAAUUUUUAAGACUUUUAAGGUGCACGAGAACAGCUAAGGGCGAGCUAGCCUCCUCUCACAAAAAGCAACAAGAGCAACCUAUAGUGUACCUCUGA